AAAACCGAUUAAAGUUAACGAUAUCGAUAGGUCUGAGGCGCCCGAAGUUUGAAAUCAAAACAAAAUUUCAACAUGUCACAAAAUAAAUAAACAAAAUAUAAAUAAAAUUUAUGUGAAAACUAAAAAUUUACUACAAAAAAUAUCAGUCAAAAAGAGGCAACUUUGAAAUAUGUGCCAGAAUAAGGAAUUAAUACUUUGUAAUGGAAAACACCGCUUAUCAAAAAUUAAUCUUUAAAUUUCUUAGCUUUAAAAAAAAAGGUGCAGCAUCUGGAAAUCAAAAAACGUUUAGCAUGACAUAAUUUACUUAAAAUACCUCGUAAAAAUGAAUGGAAACACUAAAAAUCAAAAAACAAUAUUUUAAUGAGCGCGAACGAAUUCACGUAUGGAAGACUUCUGCCGACAUGCCGGGUGGUGGUCUCUAUAAUGGCCUGCUUAUCCAUUCUGUCAGGUGUGAUUGCUGGUUACCUUUUCAUGACCAGCACGUCGGGCGUUUCACUGGCGGUUAGGGUUGUCUGGACCACUGGAUCGGCCAUCUAUGCUCUGGCCUCAGUUUUACUCAUCAUAGGAGUUUGGAAGCAGCAGAUUAAGUGGCUGGUGUAUCCGUACAUGUGCCUGCUUCUCAUGGCCAUUGCCGUUUAUACGAUGAUCCUGCAGUGGUUAUUCCAUAAUCUCCCGGCUGCCGUUUUCGCAUCCGUGGCCAUAAGCUUCAUAUUCCUUGGAGUGGCACUGCACCUGACCAAAAGUUUGUAACAACUUCGCAGAGAAGCCGCCACUUAGCUGUAAAAAAUGUACCUUGUGGAAAUGUCCUUCAUUCAGAUUUCUAAAUUAUAGAGUAAUUAUUAUAUUUUGAAAAAACAAUGUUACACUCAAA